AUGAAAAUUUACUGCUUUUUUCUUGUUGUUUUUGUUGUUUAUUGUCUUCAAACAAGUGAACAAGGCGUGCGCGUCUGUGUGUGUGUGUGUGUGUGUGUGUUUAUUGUUGAUAUAUUUUGGGUAACCUUUGUGUGUGCUAGGCAAAACACAACCGAGAGAGAGAGAGAGAGAGAUAACGAUAGAAAUCCAUACAAGGAAGGGGGAGCAAAGGGACAAAAAGGAAGACGCUCAAUGAUGCUGCGUCGGCUCAACAACGGCGUCACAUCCCGCAGUCUCACCAUGGCAACGGGUAUGGGUCUCUCUAUUGCGGGAAGAUGUUUUCAGCAGUCACGGCGGAGUAGCCUCCCUGCCGUAAAGGAGACAAUGAUGAUGGUUGCACCGACUUUUUGCAUGUCAAGGCGCGGCUUCUCCCUGCAGCCCCUGCGACAUAUGCGCGGCGUAAAGUGGGUUAAGCCCGUAACAUCUCCAAUGAACUACGGCGGGGACAACACCGGAGGUGGCAGCACCGCUGACAGUCUCACGCCAUAUGUCCGACAGCAUCUUUCGAGAGUCUAUGGACUUCUUGCCGCUGGUACAGCUGUAGCUGGUAUCGGUUCUUUUCUAAUGUUUUCCACGCCCCUAGGGAAGGCCAUGCCUUUCUGGCUGCCUAUGGUGGGUGGAUUUGUGCCACUUCUGUGGCUCUCAUUUGCCCCACCGCAAGACCCAAACUUGAAGUUAGCGCUUUUUUUUUCCUUCACGGUGCUAGAGGGUAUGGCAUUGGCUCCACUGGUGGCGAUCACAAUGGCCAAAGGUGUCCUUGGCACUGCCAUUGUCCUCACAGGUGCGGUGUUUUUUGGUUUCAGCGCCGCCGCUCUCUUAGCACCCCGCGCAUCUCUGCUAGCGCUGCAGGGUCCACUGUUCGGUAUGCUUAUGGGCAUGGUGGCGAUUUCAAUUCUGAACCUCUUCUACCCGACCGCCUUCGCCCACUCGCUUAUCUUGUACGGUGGUCUCGCGCUCUUUUCGCUCUUUGUGUCGGUAGAUACGCAGGCCAUGAUUGAGCGGGCCCGCUGCGGAGCUGGUGACCACGUGCAAGAUGCUUUACAGAUGUUCCUUAACGUGGUCAACAUCUUUGUGCGCAUCGCCCAAAUUCUUGGCUCCAUGGACCGGUAG